AUGGAGCUUCAGAAGCAUCCAGAUCAUAACCUACCGGAGAAGAAAGGCCAGAAAAGGAAACUGGAGGAGGAUUCUCAACACGACUCACAGAUCUCUCUUCCUCCCACCGGAGACGCACAAGACGCACUUAUAUCCGACGUCAACCAACACGUUUCAAAUCUCCUUUCCACUUUUUCAUGGAACGAAUCCGACAGAGCUUCUGCUAAGCGCGCCACACACGCCCUCGCGGAUCUUGCCAAAAACGAGGAAGUUGUGAACGUGAUUGUUGAAGGUGGCGCCGUUCCGGCUUUGAUUAAGCAUCUUCAACCGCCUCCUUUGCCUGAACACGCCGUUCCCAAGCCAGAACAUCAACAACUCAUUGUUGACAACGGUGCUUUGAAGCAUCUCGUUGAUCUUUUGAAGAGGCAUAACAGUGUCUUAACCUCACGUGUCAUUAAUAGUCUCAUUCGGAGGGCUGCAAAUGCCAUCACUAACCUUGCUCAUGAGAACAACAGUAUUAAAACCCGUGUUAGGACGAAAGGUGGGAUUCCACCAUUAGUUCAUUUGCUUGAAUUUGCGGAUACAAAAGUGCAAAGAGCAGCUGCUGGUGCAUUACGGACCCUCGCAUUUAAAAAUGAUGAAAAUAAGAAUCAGAUUGUUGAAUGCAAUUCUCUUCCAACUCUGAUUCUGAUGCUUCGGUCAGAAGACGCUGCUAUUCACUAUGAAGCGGUUGGUGUGAUCGGAAAUCUGGUCCACUCAUCCUCUUGCUGUUAG